UCGGUUUUGUGUCGUCUCUUCGACGCUAUUUGUUCUCUUGCUUAAGGAGCAGCAAUGGCAAUCGUUGGAGGACCUCGUGAUGUGAACCUUAAUCAGAACAGCGCAGAGAUGGAGGAGUAUGCUCGCUUCGCCGUCGACGAGCUCAACAAGAAGGAGAAUGCACUUCUUGAGUUCGUUCGUCUGCUGAAGGCUAAGGAGCAAGUGGUGACGGGAACACAGUCCCAUCUAACGCUGGAGGCGAUCGACGCCGGGAAGAAGAAGAUUUAUGAGGCGAAGGUGUGGGUCAAGCCAUGGCUGAACCACAAGGAGCUGCAGGACUUCUAGCAUGCUGGAGAUGAAGGGUCUGCAAG